CGAAGGAAUCGGAAGAUGACUAACCAGGGAGCCACUUCUGCUUUCAGGCCGUUAAGUAGAGGCGGCGUCCGUCCAGCCGUCAGUUCACAGCAGAGGCGGCUGACCAGAACCAAACACUUUCUCCACUUCUUCCCUCAGUCAGUGAAAAUGAUCCGGUUUGACGGUCUGUUGAAGGCGGCGCUGGUCACCGUCGUCUUGGUGGUCGCUUCUGGAAACGCAGAUGAGAAGUUAGCCACUUGCUGUGAAAAACUGAACACAAAUGAGAUCACAGAGCCGAUCCUGGGAUACCUGUUCCAGAAACCCAAUUAUCCGUGUAUCCGGGCGAUCAUCUUUCAGACAGAACGCGGUCUUUACUGCAGUCCGAUGACGGCUCCCUGGGCCAGAGAAAAGAUCAGAGAGAUCAGGGCAGCGAAGGCAAAGAACGCGACCACUUCCUCUCCACCAGCCGUCUCCCUCCUCUCCAUCAUAACCUCCACCACCUCCGCUCCGCCUCCCUCCACUCUUCCUCCUUCCUCUUCCUCUCCUUCCUUCAGCUCUGGCUCCGGGGUUUCUUCCGGCGAUUCGUUUUCUGGGAGCGAGGAGGACGAGAGCUUGGUGACCUUCGUGACCUCUGCCUCCGGCGAAAACAACUGAACAUGUUUCAUCAACACCGGAGCAAACAGCUUAGUUAUAUUGAAUUAACUUAGGAUUUUUAGUUUCUUUCAUACGUUAAAUUAUUUAUUUGGUAGACUUAAAUUUGCUGUUCUCAUACAGUGAAGGUUAAUAUUUAUUACCUGGUAUAUUUAUAAACAUUUGGAGUAACUUAUGAAGCAGUUUGGACAUGUUGAAUGUUUACUCAUUUAGUUAUUUGUGGAAAUAUUUGGAACUUAAGAAACUUGAAUGCUUUAACUUUGUACUCUGAAGGAAACAUCUGGGAAAAUAAGAACUUUAUGCAUUAAUAAAUAUGAUUUUAUAUAAAA